AUGACUACCUCCCCCCGCACGAUCCUCUUCGUAACCGGCAACGCCAACAAGCUGAAAGAAGUCCGGGCCAUCCUCCUCUCCUCGACUCAACACUCCGAGAACCCCAACCCCGCUGCUACGCCCUCUUUCUCUGUCGAGAGUCAGGAUUUGGAUGUGCCCGAGGUGCAAGGGACGACGGAGGAGGUCGCGAAGGCCAAGUGUAAGGCUGCGGCGGAGAUUGUGGGCGGACCUUGUAUCACUGAGGAUACUGCCCUUGCGUUCGAAGCGCUCGGCGGCUUGCCCGGACCGUACAUCAAGUGCUUCCUGAAAGCCGUCGGUCUCGAAGGACUGAACAACAUGCUCGCCGGCUUCCCCUCCAAGCGCGCAACCGCCAUCUGCACCUUCGCCUACUCCGCCGGACCGGGCACCGAGCCUCUCAUCUUCGAGGGACGAACAGAGGGAAAGAUCGUGCCAGCGAGGGGACCGGCGCACUUUGGAUGGGAUCCCGUAUUCGAGCCUGACGAGGGAGAGGGAAAGACCUACGCCGAGAUGGACGGAGUCGCGAAGAACAAGAUCUCGCACCGCUAUCGGGCGCUCGACAAGCUGCGCAAGUACCUGCUCGAGCAGAAGCAGUAG